CCGGCGCUCUCGCUGGCCACACCGAGCGGCGCCCGGGAGCUAUGAGCCAUGAAGCCACCCGGCAACAGCUCCGGGCGGCCGCCCGUGGAGGGCUGCAGCCUCCCCCGAGCCUCCAGCUGCUCCCGCGGCGGCCCCGCCGGCCCGGCGCCCAUCCGCGCCCUGGCCCGCGCGCCGCCCUGCCGCCUGCUCCUCGUACUUCUCCUGCUGCCUCCACUCGCCGCCUCAUCCCGGCCCCGCGCCUGGCGGGCUGCUGCACCCAGCGCUCUGCAUUGGAAUGAAACUGCAGAAAACAAUUUAGGAGUCCUGGCAGAUGAAGACAACACAUUGCAACAGAAUAGCAGCAGUAAUAGCAGUUACAGUAAUGCAAUGCAGAAGGAAAUCACACUGCCUUCAAGACUCGUAUAUUACAUCAACCAAGACUCGGAAAGCCCUUACCAUGUUCUUGACACGAAGGCAAGACACCAGCAAAAACAUAACAAGGCUGUCCAUCUGGCCCAGGCAAGCUUCCAGAUUGAAGCCUUCGGCUCCAAAUUCAUUCUUGACCUCACACUGAACAAUGGUUUGCUGUCUUCUGAUUAUGUGGAGAUUCACUACGAAAAUGGAAAACCACAGUACUCUAAGGGUGGAGAGCACUGUUAUUACCAUGGAAACAUCAGAGGUAUCAAGGACUCCAGGGUGGCUCUGUCGACCUGCAAUGGACUUCAUGGUAUGUUUGAAGAUAAUACCUUUGUGUAUAUGAUAGAACCACUGGAGCUGGUUUAUGAUGAGAAAAGCACAGGUCGACCACACAAAAUCGAGAAAACCUUGGCAGGACAAUAUUCUAAGCAAAUGAAGAAUCUCAGUAUGGAAAGCAGUGACCAGUGGCCCUUCCUAUCUGAAUUACAGUGGUUGAAAAGGAGAAGGAAGAGAGCAGUGAAUCCAUCUCGUGGUGUGUUUGAAGAAAUGAAAUAUUUGGAACUUAUGAUUGUUAAUGAUCACAAAACGUAUAAGAAAUGUCGCUCUUCUCAUGCGCAUACAAACAACUUUGCAAAGUCUGUGGUCAACCUUGUGGAUUCUAUUUACAAGGAGCAGCUUAAUACCAGGGUUGUCCUGGUGGCUGUAGAGACCUGGACUGAGAAGGAUCAUAUUGACAUCACCACCAACCCUGUGCAGAUGCUCCACGAAUUCUCCAAAUACCGGCAGCGUAUCAGGCAGCACGCUGAUGCUGUGCAUCUCAUCUCGCGUGUGACAUUCCACUAUAAGAGAAGCAGCCUGAGUUACUUUGGAGGUGUCUGUUCUCGCACAAGGGGAGUUGGUGUGAAUGAGUAUGGUCUUCCAAUGGCAGUGGCACAAGUAUUAUCGCAGAGCCUGGCUCAAAACCUUGGAAUCCAAUGGGAACCUUCUAGCAGAAAGCCAAAAUGUGACUGCACAGAAUCCUGGGGUGGCUGCAUCAUGGAGGAGACGGGGGUAUCCCAUUCCAGAAAGUUCUCAAAGUGCAGCAUUUUGGAGUAUAGAGAUUUUUUACACAGAGGUGGUGGAGCCUGUCUUUUCAACAGGCCAACAAAGUUAUUUGAGCCCACAGAAUGUGGAAAUGGAUAUGUGGAAGCUGGGGAAGAGUGUGAUUGUGGAAUCCAUGUGGAAUGCUAUGGAUUGUGCUGUAAGAAAUGCUCUCUCUCCAAUGGGGCCCACUGCAGCGACGGGCCCUGCUGUAAUAAUACCUCAUGUCUUUUUCAGCCGCGAGGGUAUGAAUGUCGGGAUGCUGUGAAUGGGUGUGAUAUUACCGAAUAUUGUACUGGAGACUCUGGCCAGUGCCCACCAAAUCUUCAUAAGCAAGAUGGAUAUGCAUGCAAUCAAAAUCAGGGCCGCUGCUACAACGGGGAGUGCAAGACACGGGAUAACCAGUGUCAGUACAUCUGGGGAACAAAGGCUUCGGGGUCUGACAAAUUCUGUUAUGAAAAACUGAAUACAGAAGGUACAGAGAAAGGCAACUGCGGGAAGGAUGGAGACCGAUGGAUCCAGUGCAGCAAACACGAUGUGUUCUGUGGAUUUUUACUCUGUACCAAUCUUACUCGAGCGCCACGUAUUGGUCAACUUCAGGGUGAGAUCAUCCCAACUUCCUUUUACCACCAAGGCCGGGUGAUUGACUGCAGUGGUGCUCAUGUGGUUUUAGAUGAUGAUACAGAUGUGGGCUACGUAGAAGAUGGAACACCAUGUGGCCCAUCUAUGAUGUGUUUAGAUCGGAAGUGCCUACAGAUUCAGGCUCUAAAUAUGAGCAGCUGCCCUCUCGAUUCCAAGGGUAAAGUCUGUUCUGGCCAUGGGGUGUGUAGUAAUGAAGCCACCUGCAUCUGUGAUUUCACCUGGGCAGGGACAGACUGCAGUAUCCGGGAUCCAGUUAGGAGCCUGCACCCCCCGAAGGAUGAAGGACCCAAGGGUCCUAGUGCCACCAAUCUCAUAAUAGGCUCCAUCGCUGGUGCCAUCCUGGUAGCAGCUAUUGUCCUUGGGGGCACAGGAUGGGGAUUUAAAAAUGUCAAGAAGAGGAGGUUUGAUCCUACUCAGCAAGGCCCCAUCUGAUUCAGAGGCACUGGAUGAACGGCAUCUUGCACUGCUGGAUUCUGGGUAUGACAUACUUGCAGCAUCGUUGCCAGAACUAUUAAGUCUGUAAACAAAAACACUGGGUGGUAAUGACUACAGAACUGAAGUUGGGAUGACAGGGAUGGGGUAAAAGAAAACUGUCCUUUUUGGAAAUAAUUUCCAAGAACCCCCUUCCACCACCUGUCAAUAAAAGGGAGCAAAAGACAAUGUUAUAAAAAGAACGAUUUCAGAAUCUUUUUUUUUUUUCCAAUGAAAGGAACAACAACAAAAAUUAAGUGCAAUAAAAGAACCAUUAAAAAAUAGCAAAUGUUUUUUUCUUUCCUCAGCCUGUUGGCACUUAAUAUCUUCUAAAUGGUUUGGCAUGAUUUUUUUUUCUCUUCCUACCAAUGACACACUCCAGUGGCAUGAAGGUCAAAGGGUAAAAUCUGCAUGGCAUAUACAACAAGCAGCUAGCAAGCCAAUCCACAGCAAAACCUGCAACUGAAUUCCUAAGGUGAAGGUGACAGAUGAGCCCAUGGAAGCUGCCUGACCCCCAACCCCCUAGUCUAGACCAGGCCACGAGGAGCUCCACACAGCCCUGCUCUUGUUGAUUCACUUUCCUGUUGUCUUUUCUCCUGGACCGAGCAUCCUUUGGAAAUGGGAGCUGGAUUUUGAACAAUGAAGCUAUUGUAUAGUUCUUUUAUAAAUGUAAAUAUGGAAAUAAGAGAUUUUGACACAUCAUUUUCACUUGUCUAUACUGAAAUAUUUCUCUUGUAAAGGUUCUCUGUAAAUUUGAGUUUAUUGUUUGCUCCCCAUCUUUUUGGGUUCUUUUCUCUCUUUCUGUCUCUGUCCUUCUCUCUUGUAACAUGUUGUACAGGGAUUCUUAGGUUUGCUUAAAAAAAGACAGAUGUGGCCACAGAUUUGGGGAUUUGGGGCACAAAACAGGUGCAAUUAAAAAAUGAAAUGCUUGAAUGAGAUGAAAUGCUUGAAACCAAAAAUAAAGGGUGGGGGACACGAAGAACAAAAUAACCCAUAUGAAAAAUAUAAAAAUGAUGUAAAUGCAAAUAUAUGUACUAAGUCUCUAAAUUUUUUUUGAUGUCAUUAUAAACAUAUGUAUAUAAUGUAAGAAAGUAGACACCCUCUCAAAUUAAUCACAAAAGUGCCAAGCUCAUGAUUUUAGUUUUUGGUUCUGACAAUUUUCUUUCCCUGUCUUUAAUGUGAAAGGAGGAUAAACUUAAAGCCUUAAAUUAAAAAAUAAUUUUUAAAUGUUGAAAGCUUGAGGAAGAAGUUAAGCUUUCCAUUUUUUUCAUAUCUGUUGUUGUCAAUAUUUCAUUCAUGCUUUCAACUUCCUGCCUCAAAAUAUAUAUGGUAGUUAUUACCCACUGUAAAGCUGGUAAUGGGGACAGAAACAACAAUUACCUUCUUGUGAGCAUUGUUAAAAUAGGCUUUACUUCUGUGUGUUGUAUUUUCAACAAACCUUGUCUGGCCCACAAUGUAUGGACGGUCCGUGGAAUGUUGCGCUGGAUUACAACGGGAUUCUACUAUAUACAAAUUCACAUCCUUCUUUGCCCUCCCGGCAGAUUUGCAGAUGUAACCUGGGUUCCCAGGUCCCUCUAAAUUUAAUUCACUGUCAUUGAAUUCUUCUUCCAUUUAGGGUCAAGAUAGCUUUUGUUCAAGUGUUAAGUAUAUACGUUCAUAAAGAAAUUUGGUCCCAGCUUUGUUUUGAAU